GCGCUGUGGCUCCUCGAGGCCGCCGCAGCGGCGCCGCCGGAGGGGUGGGCAGGUCCUGGCGGCGGUGUUGUGGGCGGCGGCGGCGCGGCGGACGAGCUGGAAGACCAGGCCAGCGCAGACCUCGGCGCCUUCCUGGCCUCGUUCCACGAGGUCGGGACGGCCGGCGCCGCGGAGGCGGAGCCCUCGUGGGCGCGCGUGCUGCGGCUGCUGGAGGCUGUGCCGCGGCCGCAGGCGGGCGCGGCGGCGCCGCCGCCGCUGCCCUCCUUCUCGGAGGCGGCGGCCGCGGGCGCGUCGCCGGGGAGCUUCUGGGCCGCCCCCGCCACGGGCAGCUCGGAGGACGCGAGGAAGGGGCUGCGGAUGGAGAGGUACAAGGAGCUCCUGAGAGAGGCGGACGGCAUGAGCGACGUGGCCCCGGGUGCGUCCGUGCCGACGGGCGGGCGGCCGCCGACGACCCGCUGGCCGAGGCGGUGGGCAAGGGCAACCUGGUGCCUGCGAUUCCCACGCCGCCCGACGACGAGCCCAGGGAGCCUGGGGAGCUGCGGAAGGAGGACUUCGUAUGGUCGGAGCACGAAUUCAACGACGGGGACAGGGAGAACAGGCGGGUCCUCCGCCAGUUCAAGAAGGAGUUCAAGCAGAUGGCCGCGGAGACCCCGGAGGGGCUCAGGAGCCCGCGCCUCCUAACGGCCGCCCUGGACCUGGCCCUCGCGUGCGUCAAGGCUUACGACUUGGACAAGGCAGACGCCAUCUACCGUCGGGCCGUGGGCGAGUGCCGCAGGAGGGGCAUGCCGUGGGAUGUGAAGUGCAUCCAGGACAUGGCCACCCUGCGCUGCAAGCAGAACCGCCAGGCGGACGCCGCCGAGCUGCUGGAGGAGCUGGCCGGGAUCGCGCCGCCGCACCCCGCGACCUUCAUCAACCUUGGCACCGUGUACAACCAGCUGCGCCAGUACGAAAAGGCGGAGUCUUGGUUCCUGCAGGCCGUCAACCUGAAGGGUGGCGCGCCAGGCCGAGAGGACCACUGGAACCUCGGCAUCUGCAAGAAGAACAUGGGCAGGUACGACGAGGCCCUGCCUAUGCUCGAGCAGGCGCUGGCCGAGUUCCAGGAGCACGAGCCCGAGCACCCCGUCACCAUUGCGAAGCUGCACUGCUCCGUCGGCUCGUGUCUCCACGACAUGGGCCGCUUCGAGCCCGCGGUUGAACAGUACCGCCAGGCGCACGAGCUCUACGUGGCCACGGUGGGGAAGCUGAGCCCGCUGUUCUGCCACGCGGCCGAGGGGCUGGCCAAGGCGCUGCACCGGCAGGGGCAGCCAGCCGAGGCCUUCGAGGCCCUGCUGGAGGCCUUCGAGGCGCACGCCAGGUGCGACGCCGUGCACCCCACGCCGCUCUUCGAGGGCCUGGAGCUGGCGAUGCAGAUGCACGGCGAGCACCCGGCCGUGGACCUCGCGCGCCUCGCCCCGCUCAUCGACGCAGGCAUCGAGAACCUGGAGCAGCGGGGGAUGGCGGAGGACGACGGGAACGCGGGUCUCGUGAUGAGCCGCGGCGGCAAGCUGCUGGCGUGCUGCGCCAGCGGCGACCCUCAGCUCCGCUCGCGGGCCGAGGAGCUGCUCGGGCGGGGCAGGGACCUGAUCCGCAGGUCGCACGACGCCGGCGAGGCGAGCCUCCUCCACGAGGUCGCGGCGGCUGACGCCCUGCUAGCCUCCCUGCGCGCGCCGCCGGGCGCGGAGCUCCCCGGGGCGGGCGCGGGCGGCCCGGCGGCGGCAGCUCCCCCGCUGGGCUCGGCCUUCGCUGGCUAG